AUGAGCACCGACAGGUGGCCGGAGGACAGCACUGAGGGAGAUGCUGGGAGAGCAGCGUGGACGCCCACGGCCAGAGAUGCUUUCAAAGGCAUUUCCAUAUACUUCUCCAAGGAAGAAUGGACAGAGAUGGGAGAAUGGGAAAAAAUCCGAUACAGGAAUGUGAAAAAGAACUAUGAAGCACUCAUUACUCUAGGUCUCAGAGCCCCUCGGCCAGCUUUCAUGUGUCGCCGCAGGCAGGCCAUCAAAGCCCAGGUGGGUGACCCUGAGGAUUCUGAUGAAGAAUGGACUCCAAGGCAGCAAGUUAAACCUUCUUGGGGGGCCUUCAGAGUGGAGCACAGUAAACACCAGAAGGUAAUGCCCCCGGUGCCAUUAAGUAAUGGAUCUAGUUUGAAGAAAUUGCCAGGAGCAGCGCAACUGCAGAAGGCAAGUGGCCCUGCACAGGCCCAGAGCCCAGCGCCCCCUCCCGGAGCAGCAAGCACCUCUGCAUGGCACACGAGACAAAAGCUGGAACGCAGGACAAAGCAGAUUGACGUGAAGAUGUAUAGCCUACGAGAAAGAAAGGGCCACGUGUACCAGGAGGUCAGCGAGCCCCAGGACGACGACUACCUCUAUUGUGAGAAGUGCCAGAACUUCUUCACCGACAGCUGCGCUGCCCACGGGGCCCCCGCAUUCGUGAAGGACAGCGCGGCAGAGAAGGGGCGGCCCAACCGCUCAGCCCUCACGCUACCCCCUGGAUUAAGUAUCAGACCGUCAGGCAUCCCUGAGGCUGGGCUUGGAGUAUGGAACGAGGCAUCCGAUCUGCCGUUGGGUCUGCACUUUGGCCCCUAUGAGGGCCAGAUCACAGAGGAUGAAGAGGCUGCCAACAGUGGAUACUCCUGGCUGAUCACCAAAGGGAGAAACUGCUACGAGUAUGUGGAUGGAAAGGACACAUCCUGGGCCAACUGGAUGAGGUAUGUGAACUGCGCCCGGGACGAGGAAGAGCAGAACCUGGUGGCCUUCCAGUACCACAGGCAGAUCUUCUACCGAACCUGCCGGGUGGUCAGGCCGGGCUGUGAGCUGCUGGUCUGGUACGGGGACGAGUACAGCCAGGAGCUCGGCAUCCGGCGGGGCAGCGGAAGCUUCCUCUUUCAGCAGACCCAAAGCCCAACAUCCAUCCAUGUGGCUCCUGCUCUCUGGCCUUCUCCAGUCAGAAAAUCCUCAGCCAACACGUGGAAUGCAGUCACCCGUCUCAGGUCCUCCCGAGAACAUCUGCAAGAGACCGCGUACAACCAGAGGAUCCCUGCCCAGGCUAUCAAAAUUGGCAGCAGCAAUAUUCUGACCCACACAGCUGGAGUAACAUACCUGAAUAUCAAGAGGUCAAGGAAAGGUCCAAACCUUUGCUGA